CUAAGCCAUACGACCUUCGGAAACGGAGGUUAAUCACGAUAUUAUUGAAAUUUCUGUGAUAACUGAAGAGUCUGAUCGUCAUUUACUCUAUUCGUCUAAUAAGGCCCUUAAAAGAUCACAUUGGUAUACUGAUACUAAGUAUGUAAAACUCGGAGCAUUAAACGAUAUUCGCGGAAUUAAUUAUCCACAUAAAUUUUUACGCGUACGGUGGACUGGAUUAAAAGGUUCGGAAGCUAGUGAAUGGACAGUUAUCGAUUGGGAAUUUGAUCCAACAAAUCUAAAUAUUGAGCACUUGAUGCUGUCCAUUACACAACGACAUGCCCAGGCAGUUAUUAAUAAAUUUGUUGACAUUUUGAAAAAUGAUGAAAAAGGUGUUUACACUGAAGAUGACUUUGAAAUUGUUGGUGGAAAUAAUGAAUCAUCAGAGUCGCCCUUAUCAGACGAAGUGGCAAGAAAAUACCUACAUGUACAAAAGUUGCGUGUACUAUUGUGUGGCGAUUUCAAAGAUUGUUAUAUAAAUAUUGGAAUUGAUAUUCAUAGCGGGAGAAUUUUCAUUGAAGAUGAGAAACAAGAGAUAGAUAGCGUGCUUAGAUCUGUGGUGAUGAUAUCUCGACUUGAAUCGAUGGCCAGAAAACUUUUUCUUGAUGUUCCACGGGAAAUUCAGUUACGUCCAGAAGAUAACAUGAAGCUUCGUACAAACCAAAAGAUAAUCCUGGAAUUUAAUGACGUCAAAGAUGUUAAGAAGAUGCUUAUGCUACCUCACGAAGGUAUUCAUGAUAAGUUAAAUUAUCUUAUUGCUGGAUUGGUAGAAAAUGGUAUAGUUUUUAGUCUGGCCGAAUUAAGUCGUAUGACAUCAAGCGGAAAGUUCCUUCUCAGCGAUCUUGUUAAAGAACCUUCUCACAAAAUCACUUCGGUUCGGUCUAUUCGUUUAGGGAAUACAGUAUUUGAUUUUGAAAAAUUAAGAGCGGAUAGUAAGCUACCCCGACAAUUUCUAAGUGAUCCUAUGAAGUAUAGAUAUCUAAAUGAAUAUAAUCAUCGUAAGCGGAAUUUUGAUAAGAUGAAUGAGGAUGAAAUAGGUUCAACAUUAUCGAGACCAGCCAAACGAACGCUUGACACUUCAGAAACAGAUUUUAACUCGUACGUUUUAUAAAUAAGUUUUUUACAUUUACAUUUUUAUUAAUAUAAGCAAUUGAAACUAACUAUCUAAUAAAAUUUAGGUUUAUGAUCGAUGAGCUAUUGCUUUCAAGAAUUGUGUCAAUAGCUCGGUAUGUAACAUAUUUACUACCAUUGAGUACAUUUAUAGAGCUUUAAAUAUUAUAUUUACAAAAUAUUCUUUCAAUGUUUUAAGUUCU